AUGGGAAGGGUCUGACGAAAACUCGUGAGUGCUAACUGAACGUCUAAAUCCAUCACCGAUUUAAUAUUCGCCUUUAUUCGCCAGAAACUCGUUACUAUGGAGUCCGCAUUCGAUAGAUCCCUUCCCUCCCCAAUACGAAAACUAGUGUAUGGUAACUGAAGGCCGCAGAUCCUACGCCGAGUGGCUUUAGUAAAAAAAUUGCUGACUGGUACGGGAUCUUUACUAUGGAGUCUGCGUUCAAUAGAUCCCUUCCCUCGCCUUACGCAUCCACCCCUCGAGCUUCCUUCCCCUUCUCCCCCUCCGCGCGUUCCCCCUCCCCCUUCCCCUUCCCCUCCGCCAUCCCUUCCGCCGAUCUUCCGCCUCCCCCGCCAGCCCCCGCUUACCUCGAAGAUGCGUUCCUCAAUCUCCCCCCUAAGCGCCGCGCCGAGUCGCUUCUCCUCGAAAUGGCCGGCGUCGCUCGUCGUUAUCUAGAGAUGGUUCAAGUCGUCGCUGCGACCGCGGACAGCGGCGGUCAAAGCGGCGGUGCCGGCGGCGGCGCGUCUUUCGGAAGCUACGGCGGCGGCGGCGGAGGCGGAAGCGGGAGUAUCGGCGCAUCGAGCGGGAAUAACCUAGGGAUGGGGUUCUUCUCGAAGCGCACCGCGAUUCCGCCGCUGCUUCCGAACGCGGUCAUGCCGCCGGAAGCGGCGGCUGUUGCGGCGGGUCGCACGGCGGCAAAUGCGGCGCGAUCGGCGGGCGAGCUCUUAACGAUCCUGCAGAAGCAGCAGGAGCUCCUGACUGGAGCCUCGACCGAGCUGAUAGAAAUUAAGCGGAUCGAGGAGCAGAAGGCAGCCAUUAGAAACGAGAUUGGGCGCACGAACGAGGCGCUCAAGGAGUUUGGGCGGAGGGCGAGAGAAGCCGAGCAGCUCCUGCUGGCCGUAUUGGACGAACACAAGGGGUUCAAGAUUAGGGCCAGAGAAGGAGGAGGUAAAGGAGGGUUGACAGUGAGAGUGGAGAAGUCUAGCUUUGAGGCGCCUCAAAACAAGAUUAGGGGAGGAGAGGGUAAAGGAGGGUUGAAGGUAGGGCCGGAGAAGGAUACAGCAGAGGGGUGUAGGGGCAAUGGGGAGGAGGGGAGUGGGGGGGCUGGGAAAAGGAAGAAGGAAGAGGCAGCUGUUGGGCAGAAGGAAGUAAUUGGAGGGGAAGCCGAGCAGAAGAGGCAGAAAAGUGAGGGCGGAAAUCCUGCUGAAAAGCAGCAACAGCAGCAGCAGCAGCAGCAGCAGCAGACCUCCAAGCCUCUACCCUGGGACGAGGUCGCGCCAGUCUCCGUCCGCCAGCUGGUCGCAUUCGCGCACCGCAUCAGCUACACCACCUUCGCGCCUCCCGAACACGCCCUAGGUGCGCCUCUCCUCGCCGCGCUCCCCCCCGCGCCCCAGGACGAGCAGCUCAGGAUGUCUCUGCUGUACCACUGUGGGGAUGAGGCGGCCAUCGGGAUUGUCAGAAAGGAGCCCAGGAAAGACAUCGAAUCUGAACGAGCCUCGGGAUUGUCCGAGCCUGGGGCGGCUGGUGCUGCUACUGCAGCAGGGAAAGCUGGGGAAGCUGGUUUUGCUGUGGGAGCAGCAGCGGCGGUGGCGGCGGCGGCGGUGGCAGCUGGGGGUAAAGGGGCGCCAGCAGUGCCGUUUCCUGUCGGCCUGCCUCCCCCGCCUCCUGGUUGGAAGCCUGGGGACCCCCUCCCGUCCUUCCCAGACCUUGCUGCUGCUGCUGCUGCCGCCGCCGCUGCAGCAGCAGCAGCGGGAGGAAAAGCAGCAACAACCGCAGAAGCAGCAGCAGCAGCAGCAGCAGGAGGAGGAGGAGGAGGAGGAGGUAUGCCGCCACCCAUGCCUGCUGGAUGGAAGCCAGGGGAUCCCCUUCCGCUCCCUCCCCCCCCUCCCGGGUGGAAACCCGGGGAUCCUCUCCCCACCUUCCCCUCUCUCCCUCCUCCUCCUCCUGCUGCUGCUGCUGCAAAUGCUGCUGCCGGUGCAGACACAGCAGCAGCAGCAGCAGCAGCUGCUGCUGCUGGUUUGCCCCCAGCCGUACCAACACCUGCACUCCCCCUUAUGCCGGCUGGGUGGAGACCUGGGGACCCCAUACCCCUCCCCAUGCCAGGCGUGUCUACUGUGCCCCUCCCAGGUGGUGCCGCAGGUGUACCUCCCCCGGGUGUGCCUGCUGCGGCCGCGGCAGCUGUGGCCGGCAUGGUGGUGGGACCUGGGGAAGGUGCCAUCCGCGCAGCAGCUGCGCCAGAAGCUGCUAAAGAAAGGGCAGCGGGGAAGGAAGGAGCAGCGGCAGCAGCAGCGGCGGCAGCAGCAGCGGCAGCGGCAGCAGCAGGGCCAGGAGUGCGUGCAAGUGCUGCAGUUUUGCCCCCUCCUCCUGCUGCUCCUGCGGCUCCAGGCACCUUCCAAGUGGCUCGCGUGCAGCUCGAUCUGGACGAGUCCGACUUUGAGAGCGAUUUCAGCGAUGGGUCAUCCGACGACGACGACGAAUGACAGGUGGCAAGCCGCCGUGAAACGUAUCGACGGUGACAGGUGGCGUGUCGUGUCGUGGUGUGCGCUCCUAUGGCCACAGUUUUAGCGACAUGCGAUUCAGCAGCGGAUCGUCGGAUGAGCCUCAGGUGAUUUUUUAGUCGGCUCAAAAAUCACCUGCGUCCCGAGGACAACUAGUGACAGGGGUGGCGUGGUGUGAGACGCCGCAAUCCCAACAGCAACAGGUGGCGAAUCGUGCUGUGUGCUACUGUGGUCACAGGAGCUUCUAGCUACAAGCGAUUUCAGCCAUGGAUGAUCAGAUGAGGAAGAUUGCAGCAGAAGUCAUGUCAAGUCAAGACUCGCAUGGUGGUGCUGCCUGCACAUGUGGCGACGAGUGACUGGUUGGGUCAUGCUGUAACCAGUGCCGCAAGUUACGGAGCAAACGAAGCAGGGCGGGGCGAGCCUGCGCGUGUGUACCGGUAUUUGCCAUUGUGCCUCAGUCACAAAUUGCCAAUGUUCUACCCAAUAAUUUCAUGCCGCUCUGUCUGUAACGCGUGUGCAAGACACCUG